AUGGCCGAAGAGACCCAAGUCCUGUCCAUCCAGGACCGCAUCAGGGCCCUGAAACAGGCACAAAGCCAAACCCAAAGCACCGAUGCUGAGGGGACAUCGCCGUUCCUGGGAUCACAGCCAACCGCAUUCGCCCUCCGUCCAGCGUCAUCGCAUUCGAACGGUGUCAGCACUCCCCCUCCCCCUUAUAGCAGCCAGCCGCCGCCACCACCGGUUGGAAGAAAAUCCCCGGCCCUCAAUAAUGUCCCGCCGCGGCCAGCGCCUCGGUCAGUUUCGACGGGCGGCGUCUCGACUACGCCAGACUCCAGGCAACAGCCAAAAAAGCCCCCACCCCUGCCCGCCCGCAAAAGCUCGAGCCAACAACUUGCCGUGCCGUCGCUGCCACCACGGAGACCGUCGAUCGACUCGAUAGCGUCUGAUGCGUCUCGAUCAACAGCUACCAGCACGGGGAAAUCUACAGGGACGGGGACAGCCACCAGAGCUUCGACGCCUGGGUCGGUGGUGAAAGCUCCGCCAUGGGGUGCUACAGAGCUUCCGCCGUUGCCUGCAAAGCGCCAGAAUACCCAGCCGGCUGUAUCGCCGUCAAAACCGAAACCUACAACUUUGGGGAGCAAUGGGCGUUUGCCGCCACCACGACCGGUACUUCCCCCUCGCCGGUCUUCAGGUGUAUCGACUGUGUCAACGGAGAGUAGCGCCCAGUCACGGCCGACCCCACCACUUCCUCAGAGGCGUGACCCCUCUCCGAACCCGUCAGCCCAGGAGACAAACGGACAAGGGCAGGAAAGACGGCUUCCGCCACCAGCUCCGUCUGGAGCGGCGUUGGACAAGAUUCGGAUUACGGGCUUUGGAGGACUGACUAAAAGAGCAACUGGGGCUGCCGAAGCGCCUGCCUCGGUCGGUGCACCACCGCCAGUGCCGACGGGAUCUCGCCCAGAUCUUUCUGCGAUCCAGGCGACCAAGCCGCGCGUUGCGGUAUCAAACGCGGUCCCCGCGGCCGCCGCCCCAGUAGCAGCGUGCUUGAAGUGCCGCGACUUCUCCGCACCGGAUGCACAUGCUGCGCUGUAUCCGAGACAGAGUCUUCCGAGCCAAGAUCUUGGAUGGCUAGCCAGAGAACUUACGGCGCCAUUCAUUUCGGCUACGGACAAGGCACGGGUUAUCUUUACGUGGUUGCACCACAACAUCGACUACGAUACGGUGUCGUUCUUCAAUGGUAAUGUAAAGCCGGCUACCCCAGAUAGCACAUUCGCCACGGGACUUGCUGUGUGCGAGGGAUACGCGAAGUUGUUUGCAACACUUGCCGCUCACGCGGGUUUGGAAGCCAAAGUAGUCUCCGGUCAUGGCAAAGGCUUCAGCUACAAUGCUCCAGCGCCUGGCGCAUCACUGCCGGCGUACUCACCCACCGGUCACGCAUGGAACGUGGUCCGAAUCGACAAUGGACAGUGGAAACUCAUUGACCCCUGCUGGGGUGCAGGACACAUCCAAGGCAAGGGGCAGCCCUACGUCCGUAGCUUCAACCCGGCCAUGUUCACCAACACCAACGACGAAUUCGGACUCAAACACUUCCCCAGCGACCGGGCCCAUUUCUACCGUGAUGACGGGCGGCCAGAAAUAACCUGGGAAGAAUAUAUUGUGGGGAAUCCGAACUCACCACUUGGCGCCGCGCAGCCGAUGGUCUGGGGUGACGCAAAGAAGCACAGCAUCGGCGAGCGCUCGUUCCGACCGGCUGCGGCGCAAAUCUCAAUUCGCGACCCUGGCCCGAUGCGCUUCCAGUUUAACCUCAUCUGCGAGCAUUGGUCGCUAGAAAAGCACAGUCGGGCUAAGCCCGGGCUCUUCUUGUUGAUGACCAACGGAUUGGAUGGUCGGGAUGAACAGCGCAUCCCCUUGGUGCAUUGGCGGGGAACAGGGGCCAACGGUGGAGGAGAUGUGUGGUAUAUAGACGUUUUGGAUCCUAGAACGUUGGGCGCGCCCGGACAGAAGGUGCGCCUGGCAGUGCUCACGAAGUUUGGGGAUCGUGAUGCCCGUGGGGUCACGGUGGAGGAGUAUCAGCAGCAGGUUGGGCGAGUGGGGAUGGCGUGGGCGUAUAUCGCAGACUGGGAGCUCGUGGUCUGA